AUGUCUGCUUCGGAAGAAGCUGGGCACAACGAUGCUGCCAAAGCUGCCGCAAUACUUGGCAUCAACGCGGCCGCUGUGGACGAAAACAUUCUCAAACGUGCGAGGCGAGCCGCGCGCGUCGCAACCGCGAACGCCAAAGCUUUUGAUGCAGCUCUUCAGCUCGCGGAAUUCAAGCCAGCUGCCGUUAUUACCAUGAGUAACGACAUACCACAGCAGUGA